AUGGUUGCUACUUUCAAUCAGCUGACCAAAGGUCAUGAAGAUGAAAGGUGGGGCCUACAGGAACAGUAUGCGGCAUUGAAAACAAAAAUAGAACGACUUGAGGAAAGGUUUAUCGAGGAGGAGUACACACAACUGAUAGCAAGAAGUAUUCGCGAGCUGCAUGUGUAUUGCGAGAUACAGCCAUGUACCAAGCCGGUUAAUUAUGAAGAUAACCUGAAGGUAAAUGACGCCAAUGCUCCCAAGCCCGAUAUUAAGGCGAUGGCAGACAAACUGCCGGUACUCGGUGUUUGUUACGGAGCACAGCUGAUUGCCCAGCAGGCAGGUGCUGAAGUAGGCCGGUCUACACACCGUGAAUACGGACGUGCACACUUGCAAGGCAAUGCCCAGGAUCCUUUACUGACAACCAUCAGCGAAGGAUCACAGGUAUGGAUGAGCCAUAGUGAUUCGGUAAAAGAAUUGCCACAGGGGUUUUCCCUUAUUGCCCGCACGGAGAGCAUUCCGGUAGCUGCCUAUAAAGCAGGACCUGACUUUGCUGCCAACGCGGUAUAUGGCAUCCAGUUUCACCCGGAAGUAACACAUAGCACCGACGGCCGUCAACUGCUGAAGAACUUUGUGGUGGACAUCUGCGGUACGAAGCAGGACUGGACGCCCGCAGCUUUUGUGGCAGAAACCGUAGCGCGUAUCAAAGAGCAGGUUGGUGAUCAGAAGGUGGUGAUGGCAUUGAGCGGUGGGGUAGACAGUACGGUAGCUGCCACACUGGUACAUCGCGCCAUUGGUGAAAACCUCUAUUGCAUUUUUGUAGAUAACGGUUUGCUGCGCAAGAACGAGUUUGAGCAGGUAAUGGAAGGCUAUAAACAUCUUGGCCUCAAUACCAAGGGCAUCAACGCCCGUCAGCGGUUUUAUGAUGGCCUGGAUGGUGUAAGUGAUCCUGAAAAGAAGCGUAAGAUCAUUGGCGGCCUGUUCAUCGAUAUUUUCCAGGAAGAAGCUAACCUGCUGACCGGCGUUUCCUUCCUUGGGCAAGGCACUAUCUAUCCUGAUGUUAUUGAAUCGCUUUCGGUACAUGGUCCAUCGGCAACGAUUAAGUCUCACCAUAAUGGUGAUGUAAGCGAAGGCUUCAUGAUGCUGACUGCCGGUGAUACCGCAUCUUUCCGUGUUUCUGCGGAUUCUAUGCAGAAGGUGGGUAUGAUGUUACCGGAGUGGGUUGAAAAAGGCAAGAACGUGAAGAUCCAGUUUGACGUGAAGGUUGUCAAUGUACAAACCCAGGCAGAAAUGCAGGCAGAAGCGCAAACAAAAGCGGCUGCUCAGAUUGGUAUCGACGACAAGCUGUUGCAAGACUAUUUCGCUAAGAACAAUAUCAAGGCUACCAAGACUGCCAGCGGUCUUUAUUACAAGAUCGAUAAGCCAGGUUCCGGACCCACUGCCGCUGCCGGUCAGUCUGUAACGAUGGAGUACACUGGUAAAACAAUGGAUGGUACUAAGUUUGACUCAAACGUAGAUCCUCAGUUCCAGCACGUACAGCCGUUUACGUUUGUACUGGGCCAGGGACAAGUGAUCCGUGGUUGGGAUGAAGGUAUUGCACUGAUGAACAAGGGAGCAAAAGGAACAUUAUACAUUCCUUCACCAAUGGCUUAUGGCGCACAAAGCCCAAGCCCUGCAAUUCCUGCAAACAGCGUAUUGAUCUUUGAUGUGGAAGUGAAAGAUAUUGCUGCAAGUGCACCACAAGGCAAA